UUUAUUUAUAAAUACUUAAUAAUAAUGAUAUUGAUUAAAGAAGAAGAAGAAAGAAAGAGCAGAGAGAGAGAUGGGUCAGAAGGGAGUUCAAAAGCCAUUACAGAAACUGUUUUCAUGGGUUAGAAAGCAGUCUAACAAAGUCAAGACUUUCUUGGGUGUCUUCACUGUGUUGACUUUAUUGGUCACUCUCAAACUACUCAUUCAUGAACACAACCACUUCUUUGUUUUAGCUGAAUUUGCCCAUUUUGUUGGCAUCUUGGUCUUGAUUUACAAGUUGACCACACACAAGACUUGCUCUGGCCUUUCAUUGAAGACUCAACAGCUCACAGCAACAUUUUUAUCUGUAAGAUUAUUUUGUAGCCUUCAAAUUGAAGGAGAUAUUCAUACUAUUCUAGACCUGGUCACUCUUGUCGCAACAUUCUGGCUUAUAUUUAUGAUGAAGUACAAGUUAAAGUCAUCCUACAUGGCAGAUUUGGAUAACAUGAAGAAAUAUAUUGUGGUAGUACCUUCUUUGGCGAUAGCCUUCUUUAUCCAUCCUCGGACGAAUAAUGUUAUUAUUAGUAUACUUUGGGCUUUUGCUGUAUAUAUAGAAGGCGUCUCGGUGCUGCCUCAGCUUCGCCUGAUGCAGAAUGUCAAGAUUAUUGAGCCAUUCACAGCUCAUUAUGUAUUUGCAUUGGGUGUUUCAAGAUUCUUCAGUUGUGCUCAUUGGAUCAUUAAGGUCUACGAUACAGCUGGUUCAUAUCUGUCUUUGAGUGGAGGGGGAUUCCUGUGGAUACCAAUGAUCAUUUUGGCAGAAAUCGUUCAAACAUUCGUUUUGGCAGAUUUCUGUUAUUAUUAUGUAAAGAGUGUCAUGCAAGGUCAAAUGAUGGUUCGCCUGCCAGCAUAGGUGUUGAACUCUAAUGACGGCAUUUUAAUUAGAGACUAUAACAUAUGUUUGUGCUUGUAAUGUGCAAUAAACUUUAGUUUUUACUAAUCAAGCUCUCCUUUUUAUGUUAUCUUCUUGUUAAUAAAUAAAAUACUAGUAAUAUUA